AUGGUACGUCCUGGUCCAGACAUCGUCUUGGUUACAUAUGCCGAUGGGGAGCCUUUCUCUUCCGCACAGCGCCUGCUCGACGGCUCGGCGGCAGCCGCGGGCGCCGUGCGCCACGUGGCGUGGGAGCCCGAGCGCUUGGCGCGGUCGGCGAGGGAGAUGUUCGGCAGCGGCAUGUGGAGCUAUGUGCAGAUGUCCAGGCCUCUCAACUCGGCGUUCACGGGCCGUUGGUGGAAGCCCUUCAUCAUCAUGCACACGCUCCACACCGUCGCGCCAGGCUCUUGGGUCGCCUAUCAGGACUGCUCGAGACACACCCGGGAACCGCUGCCUCCCGCUUCCUUGUCCGACAUCGUGGGCUGGCUGGAGGAUCGCGGCCAGAUGUCCCUGGCCGGCGCGCGAACGCGAGCAGGGGUGGCGUGGUCUUGGCGGCAGAGUUGCUUCAAGUUUGCGGCCGGAGGCUACGACGGACCCGAGACGCUCGCGGCGGACGACGAGCAGCAGUCGGCAGCGGAGUUCUGCCGCGUCGCCGGGCUCUUGGGCUUCUGCCCCGAGGAGGAGGAGGAGGCCAGCGGGCGCGCGGCCUGCUGCUCGAUGCUGGAGCGCACCGGGGGGCUUCAGUCCAGCUGGUCCUUCUGGAAGGGCGGGGCGGAGAGCGUCGCCGCCGUGAAGUUGUGGUUAGAGGCGCUCCUGGACGCAGAGGCCGCCGCGGUGCUGCCCUUCGGCGACCAAUCGGCCCUGGAGCUGGUGGCUCACCAGUUCGGGCUUCCAGCCCUGUGGAUGCCAGGGCACAUUGCCCUGGGGUUGCGUCCGCCGUUCAAGCGGCUAGACGAGCCCUUCCUGCGCCAUAUCCGCUUCGCGCACGAGAGCAUAGCCUCCGGAGCCGCCGUGCUCGCCGGGCCGAUGCAGUCCGACCCCCUCUGCUGGGGCCCAGACCGUGCUCCUUCCAGGCCGAUUGACUGGCUGCUCUCGCUGUGCCGCUGGCGGGAGCUGGGGGAGGGCGUCCUGUCGGCACGCGUGCGCAGCGCGCGGCUAUUCAACGAGGCAUCUGCCCAGCGGCAGGGCCUCGUCGUGCGGCAGGGGCACGGGCUGGAGGCUGAGGAGGGCUACGCCGGCGUCUUGGAGGCAGCCGGGCUCCCGGCAGGCAAGGUGCGCCUGAGCCCGUUCUCACUGGGGCACUGGUCCCUGCCGAGGUCUGCCAAAUUCGGGGAUCGGCUUGGAGCUGCUGGUGGAGAACGAUGGGUCUCUGCCGUGGCCCAGGCACUUGCGCUGGCGGUGCGUGGUGGGCAACUUCUUUGGACCCAUGGAGCGGGAGAUGGUCCUAGCAGGCGUCCACGCUGGCACAUCGGUCCAGCCCGCCGAGUUCGCCAGGGUACGUCUGCAGUUCAAUGUGAGCGGCGGCGAGCCCAGCCUCGCGACGCACCACCUGGUGAUGCAGCCCGCUGA